CUUGAAACUUCCCACCAAUACCAAUAUGGUAUUUCUUUACUUCUUUGACCCAUUUAACCACAACUUUGACAUCAAAACAGUCACCCAUUAUCAUCCUCCAUUUAUGUUCAAGAUCUUGAAUCGCACUGUGCAUGUUUCUUUCUUGAAAACCAAGGUUUCCUAAACCUUAACCCGCAAGCAUUUUGCGCAAUGACUCGUGUCCAACUGAUGAGAACACUUGAUACACGAUUGAUAAUUUACGCGUUCGUUUGGAUCCUUAUAUCUUGUAUUUCCACCAAUGCUGUUCAAAGCGACAUCGAUUGCCUCAAAUCCAUUAAGGAAUCACUUCAAGAUCCCGAAAACCUACUUUCUUCGUGGGAUUUCAAUAACAGUACUGAAGGUUUCAUAUGUAAAUUUGGAGGUGUUGAGUGCUGGCAUCCGGAUGAAAGUAAAGUUCUAAAUAUUCAUCUUUCUGACAUGGGGUUAAAGGGUCGGUUUCCUCUCGCUCUCAAAAACUGCACUUCGUUAACGGGCUUGGAUCUUUCAAGCAAUAAUCUUGAUGGACCUCUCCCGGUCAACUUGUCCAAUUUCAUUCCAUAUGUCACCAGUCUUGAUCUUUCAUCAAACAAGUUAUCUGGAGAGAUCCCGGUGAGUAUGGCAAACUUAUCAUUUCUUAAUGUUCUUAAGCUCGAUAACAACCAGUUUACGGGUCAGAUCCCGCUAGAUUUGAGCAGGCUUGAUCGGAUUAAGGAGUUUAGUGUUACUAAUAACCGUUUGACGGGCCAAGUUCCGGCUCUUAAAAAGGGUUCUGUUUCUGCUGAUAGCUACGCUGGGAAUCUUGGAUUGUGUGGGGAUCCUUUGCCUCUUUGUGAGGGUAGUACUAAGAAAGCGCGUACAGGUGUAAUCAUUGGGGCGGCACUUGGCAGUGCUGCUACUGUUGCGUUAGUUGUAGGUGGCGGGAUGUUGUUUGUUAUGAGAAAAGUUGUUAGAAAGAAAAAAGAAGAAGAUCCUGAUGAAAAUAAAUGGGCCCGGAGUAUCAAAGGAACCAAAAAGAUCAAGCUCUCAAUGUUUGAAAAUCCAGUUUCAAAGAUGAGAUUGAGUGAUCUUAUGAAAGCCACCAACAGUUUUAGCAAAGACAACAUAAUCGGGUCGGGAAGAACGGGUUCUUUAUACAAAGCAACACUUGAAGACAGUACCUCGCUUAUGAUAAAAAGAUUACACGACACUCAGCAUUCCGAGAAAGAAUUUGCAUCAGAAAUGGCAACACUUGGGAACGUGAAACACCGGAACCUGGUCCCACUUUUAGGCUUUUGUGUCACAAAACACGAACGGCUUUUAGUCUACAAAUACAUGCCAAACGGUACCCUGCACGACAAUCUACACCCCGUUGGCAAAAAUGUGUCAAAUAUGGAAUGGUGGGUCCGGUUAAAAGUGGCUAUUGGUUCAGCCAAAGGGUUCGCGUGGCUCCACCAUAACUGUAACCCACGUAUCCUUCAUAGAAACAUAAGCUCGAAAUGCAUCUUACUGGAUCAAGAUUGCGAGCCCAGAAUAUCUGAUUUUGGGCUUGCUAGGCUUAUGAACCCGGUGGACACCCAUUUAAGUACUUUUGUGAACGGUGAGUUUGGUGAUAUCGGUUAUGUGGCACCUGAAUAUACACGUACUCUAGUGGCCACCCCUAAAGGUGAUGUUUAUAGCUUUGGGGUAGUGCUUUUGGAGCUAGUAACGGGUGAAAAACCGACCCAUGUGGCUAAAGCUCCUGACAGCUUUAAGGGUAGUUUAGCCGAAUGGAUUUCUGAUCUAUCGUCGCAAUCAAAACUUCAAGAUUCCAUUGAUGAGUCAUUAGUCGGGAAAGGAUAUGAUCAUGAGGUGUGUCAAAUUCUUAAGGUUGCGUGUAGUUGUGUGUUGUCGGGUCAUAAGGAACGACCCACGAUGUUUGAAGUGUACCAGUUUUUGCGGGCUAUUGGCGAAAAGUACAACUUUACCACGGACAAUGAGAUUUUGGUACCAACUGAUACGGGUGAUGCAGGUGAUAUAGAGCUCAUUGUGGCCCGGGAUAUGAAACCGAAGAAUUGAUUGAUAAGGUUACGGGUAAGAUAUUUUUAUGUUGUAUGUAUUACUUGUUCUCAUGUAUAUGAAUAAGCUAUAUAUUUGUUGGACUUUUGCUUUGUUGUACGCAACGCAGCAAGGGUAUAGAAAUACGUAUUAUAUGUUAUCAAAAGCAAGAUUUAUAAAAUCCAUAUAUGUGGA